AUGACGCAAAUCCUGUCGAAGUCGAGCGGCGGCGUCCUUCAGAUUCCUGCAUCUGCGACUCAGAAAAAUGCACCCGCACCCAAGAAGGCGCCCAAGCCGGCAGCCCCGCGAUUGAAGCUGCUCGUGCGGCGCCUGCCCCCAGGGUUAACACAGGAGGAGUUUGAGGCAGCGCUGGGCGAGGCAUGGAAAGUCGGGGCGGGUAAAGUGAGCUGGUCUCAGUACAAGCCUGGAAAGAUCUCAAAAGAUCCCGCCAAACCCUCCCGGCCUUCUCGCGCAUACCUCUACGUUGUUUCAAGCGAACACAUUACCCCCCUCUCUGACAAAGUCCGGAGUACGUCCUUCCUGGAUGCCCGCAACACCGCGAACGACCCUGUGCUCCUCGGCCCUCCGAACCUAGAAUUCGCACCGUACGCCAAAAUCCCCGGCAGCCGUGUUCGCAAAGAUGCUCGACAGGGAACCAUUGAUCAAGAACCAGAGUUCAUCCAAUUUCUCGAGAGUCUUACGCAACCUAUCACGAAACCUGCCGCCGAAUCUACCGCCGAGGAUGAAAAUAAGAAGGAAGCUAUAACAACUACGCCGCUGGUGCAGUACAUCAAGGAGAAGAAGGCAAACAAGGCGAAGGAGGCGUCGAACAAAUCGUCAAGGCAAAGGUCAGAAAGAGAGCCAAAGGCCGAGAAGAUCCAAUCGAAGAAGCUUCUCCAGCGGCCUGAGAAGGAAGUCUCGCCUGUUAGCGCUGAGAAGACGGAGAAGAGAUCAAGAAACGACCGGAACGACAGGAAUGACAAGGCUACGAAGGAGGCUGUGAAAGUGGCCAACAAGCAGGCUGCCAGUGUGUCAUCGAAACAAGCCGCGAAGGCGUCUUCAGCACAGAACGCUCCCAAGGAUACGACGACCGCACAGCCGGCGACUGAACGGAGGAGAGAGCGCGGGAAUGCAGCUGCGGUGGGGAAGAUACUGCAGCGGGACUUGGGACUGGCACCAUCUAGCAACCGGCGACGUGGGGGACGUGGAACUUCUGGGGCUUCUGGAGAGAGCGAGCCUAGGCCAGAACCGGCCGCUGCUACGGAGGUCAAGAAGGAGACGCCCACCAGGUCACCAAAAGCAAGUCCAGCAGCCCAGGACGCAAAGGCGAAGCGGAGCAAUACGCCUCAACCCAGCGAAACACCAACCUCUCAACGUUCCGAAACUAGCACGCCUGCCCAGCCUACAUCUACGCCGCGGGGACCCAGAGGGCGAGGUAAACAGUCAUCGGCCACCACGCCAACAACACCCACAUCCACCGCUACCCAAGCAUUCCUCAAGCACGCCAAUCCGUCUCAGGGUGUGACUGAGCCGCUGCUUGAGACCGCCUUUUCGCCGUUCGGCAAAGUCGUCAAAGUGGAAAUCGAUAAGAAGAAGGGCUUUGGUUACGUUGACUUUGCGGAGCCUGAAUCACUGCAGAAAGCUAUCUCUGCCAGUCCCGUCACUGUCGCUCAAAGUCAGGUCGUUGUUCUCGAGAGGAAGGCGAACCCAGGGGCGGAGAAAGGGCGUGGAAAGGGUCGCGGCGAGCCUAAACCACCUAAUCCGGCUGCGCCCGCGGAGGCCAAUACCAACUCCAACCGUGGUGGCAAAUCUAAUGAAGGCAGUGGAGGCUCAGGCUCAGGAGGAGGAGGCGGCGGCGGCGGCGGCGGCGGCUCUUCAGAUGGUCGUCGUGGACGGCGAAGUGGCCGGGGAAAGGGUGGUUCUAAGGCUAAUGGAGGAAGCGGUGGUGGUGGUGGUGGCAGCAGCAAUGCAAACGCAAACGCAUCUGAAGGCAAGAAUGCCGAAACGAAAUGA